CUAAACUAAAAUUCAGUUGUUUCUGACCAUCACGCAAUGCAUAUCCUUGUGUUGAUCCUUGGCACUGUGCUGCUUCCUGCAGCCUAUGCAUUGAAAUGUUACGAAUGCAUACCAGCAUUAUCUGGAAGCUGCACUGAGACAACAAAAGAUUGUCCUUCCAAUACUCAGUGUGGUUCACUGAGAACCAUUACAUCAUAUACAGAUGGUUCAAAAUCUGAUGUUAAAAUCAAAACGUGUGCUGGGGCUGAACAAUGCUUCAAUGGCUCAAUCAACCUUGGAUAUCUCCAAACUGUAAUUACCACCAAGUGUUGCACCUCUGAUCUUUGCAACUCCCAAGAUGCUCCCGCUGGAAGCAUAUCUUCUCCAAAUGGGAAAAAGUGCUUCCAAUGUGAAGGAAACAACUGCAAUAAAACUCUAUCCUGCAAUGGAAAUGAGGACUACUGCAUCUCAGUAGCAGUUACUUCAGGAGAUGUAACUCUUAAAGUAAAGGGCUGCGCCUCCAAGCUGAUUUGCUCAAACACACAAAAUCCAGAGAUCACAGGAAUCACUGGAGCAAAAAUCAGCUGCUGCCAGGGUGACCUCUGCAACAGCUCCAGCAGUACAACUGCCAGUCUUCUGCUUUUUGUGACAUCGCUGAUCUUGUUGGUCUUGUUCUCUUAGCUGAUGGAAACAACAGCAUCAUAGCCCAAUUGUUCUUCUCUCCUUCAAAAUGCUUUCACCCAUUUAUCACAAAGCUCUGAGAAAAUAAAAAUGUAAGGAUUAAAUCUAAUUUUCACUUUUGAAACAUAAAUGAAUAAAUUUCUUAAAAUUC